AUGACACCAAAGACGCUUCAGGAAAAUCUAGCUACAUCAGACAAGGAUGAAUGCAAAUGUUGUGGAAAAAACUAUCGGAUCUACAGAUGCGACAUCUUCAAAAACCUGUCAAUCAAAAUCAGAUCUCAACUGAUCAAAGUGAAACAGUUGUGCUUCAACUGUUUUCGACCUGGACAUCAAAGUGAGGAUUGUUCUGGAUCUCGAUGCAAAGAAGGUGGACAGAAGCACAACACUCUUCAUCAUUGUGAGCAGAAAAAUGUUGUGAAAAAACCAGACACCGCAACACAGCAGACAUCAGCAAAGGUGAAGACAGAUGACAAAAAUUUUACCGGUGAGGCAACUCAUGAAAAAUCUCAGGACAAAUUUUUUCUACAAACUGCCAUCAUUCCACUCGAGAUUAAUGGAGAAUUAUUUCAUGUUCGAGGAGUACUGGAUUCAGCAUCACAGAACAAUCUGAUAACAGAAGCAGCUGCUCAACGUUUACAGGUACGCAGACGGAAGCAGACAACAAGGAUUUGCGGAGUUCGAGAAAACGAAGUUUGCGACAUCAAAGGACAAGUUCAUCUACUCAUCAGGCCCUCAGACAAUGAACCAAUCUCAAUAACAGCAUCAAUUCUUCAGAAGCUAACCAACAUUUUGCCUUCGAGACAAAUCAACAUCGACAAUUGGAAAACAGUGAAGGAAUUACAAUUGGCCGAUCCCAGACUCAAUGAUCCACAGGAAAUUGACACGAUCAUUGGAGCAGCUCACUACGAGAAUCUGAUGAUUGGAAACAAUAAAAACAAGUAA